AUGCUGAUCUACAAGUGCGCCUUCACCGGUAAGUUUGAUAGUUGUUUCGUUAUCCGUGCUACCUUAAGCUUUUAGUUUAGUUGGUAGGCAAUCAAGUUUUUUGAUUGCUUGGCGGCAGUGACUAACAAGUGUAGCCAAGCACGGUAGAUUCAUUUUUAAAAACAAUUUUAUAGGUUUUCAGUCUAAUAUUGUUUUUCAGAUGAUGAACUCUCAUCCGACUCUUUUCCAAUGAAGUUGGCUGAUGACCUUAUCUACGAGUUCAAGGGACGCCACGUAGUUCGCAAAGAAGGUGAAAUCUUGCUUGAUGGAGCCAACCCAUCUGCUGAAGGCGAAGAUGGUGACGAUGGAUCUGAUGAGCACGUUGAACGUGGUAUUGACUUCGUGUUGAACCACAAACUUCAAGAGAUGAACUGUUAUGAAGACCCCGCUACCUUCAAAUCCUACAUCAAGGACUUCAUGAAGAAAGUGAUUGAGUUGAUGCAAAAGAACGGAAAGUCAGAGGAGGAAGUAACCGCCUUCAAGAAGAAGAUCCAAGCUUGGGUUUUGUCCCUCCUGUCUAAGGACCGCUUCAAGAACCUUCAAUUCUUCAUUGGAGAAAACAUGGCCGAAGGUCGUGGUGAAGGACAAGUUUGCAUCGUUGAAUUCCGCGAUGAAGCUGACGGUGAACACCCAUACCUUAUGUUGGUGAAGGAAGCUCUCGUUGAAGAGAAGUGCUAA